GACUCAGUAACAAGUCGCAGGAGGAUUAUACCUCGCACAUUUCUGAGCUUAACCUGCAAGGAACUCCACUUCUGUGCAGCAGCGGACUUCCUUAGAAGAAGCACUUAGAGAUGGGUUGCGGCGCGUCGGUUCCAGAUAAGUCUGCUGCUCAGCCUACUCCUAAGCAAGAUGCCCCGGCCUUAUCGGCAAAGCCACAGACGGUGUACGCUGAGGCUCAACCGGAGGUUGUUUCCGUAGGGACAGGUAAAGUCGCCGAACCAGUGGUGGUCGGGUCAGCUCCCGUGUCUGCACCGGCGGAUGAAGCUGCAAGGCCCUCAAGUCGCGGCACUGCUGCAGUCAGCGCGGGGACCGUGGCGGCCGCUGAUGUCAGCGGAGUGGCUGUGGUGGGCGUGGGUGCCGCCGUUGCGAAGGCAAUGGUAGCGGAGAAGGGGGACGCCGCCGAGGCUGCCGCAGACAAGAACGCCGCUCCGAUGGAGGCUCCUGAGCCAGAGGAGAAGGCUGUUGAGGAGGCCACCCCGGAAGCCCCCGGCGCCGGUGAGGAAGCAGCCCCUGCUGAGCCUGCGAACGAUGCAACGGAGACAGCAGCUAUCGAGUCGGCGGAGGAGGCCGCUGCCUCUGCUGAGGCUGAGGCGGAAGCCGAGGCCCCCGCUGAGCCGACGCCGGAGGCGGAUCAGGAGGCAGUAGAGACUGCUAAGGAGGCGGAGGAGCAGACCAACGUGGAGGAUUCGCAGGCGAUGGAGGCUGCACAGCAGGAGGUGGAGGCCGGGGAGGAGGCAACCGGAGAGGCGCUGCAGACCCAGCCUGAGGGGGCGGAGGCGGAAGAGGAACCGAAAGUAGAGCAGGCCGGCGGAGAGCAGGAUGAACCUGAGCAAGCUGCGGUCGAGGAGCAGUCUGCGGCAGCGGACGAUGAGGCUGCAGCUGAAGAGCAGGCGGUGGAGGCUGCCCAAGAGGCGACACAGGACGUGGAGCCCUUCGCCGCGGCUGAAGCGGAGACCGCAGCUGAUGACGCGAUUGAGGCACCCGCUAUGGAUGCGGAGGAGGUGGAGGCACCGACCCAGGAUGAGGAGGUCGCGGCGCCGGCGGAGGACGAAGUUGAGGCACCUGCGAAGGAGGAGGAGGUGGAGGCACCGGCACAAGACGAGGAAGUUGAGGCGCCGGCGAAGGAGGAGGAGGUGGAGGCACCGGCGCAGGACGAUGAAGUCGAGGCGCCGGCGAAGGAUGAGACGGUACCGCUAGAAGCACCCGCCAAGGACGAUUGACCAAAGCAGGCUGCCGUGCGUAACGCAGCGGAGGGGUAAGCUACAUUGUACAGCACGGUCUGAUGAGGCGCCCUCCUACGCUCUUGCGGCGGCGAGGGUGAAGGAAGGCUGGAAAUAGAGCCAAGAGAAGAUUCGGUGGUUCGCGCAUGCGGGGGUGUCAUUCGGGGCGGGUAUGGGCAUGCGUUCGAGAUGGACAGGGGAGGCCUAGGAGCGCUUUGUGGGGCUAGCUUACUUAAGGUGGGCUGCCGUCGCUCGUCAGGAACCGAAAUACCCAUGUUCCACAUACAAUAUGCAUGAUGCGUGCAUGUGAAGCCCUCUCGACACACAGCAUUAGUUGACCUCUGGACGAUACCGCCAUUCGUUGCCGAUGUCCAAGCGGCAGGCGCGUGUGUGACUCAUACUUCAUUACUCAUCCCAACGCAGCAUGUGUUCAGCUGCCUUACAAUUCAUGUAGCUGAAGGGGGCGGCAACAUGUGUAUAGGCCGUGCAUGUAUAAUAAUCGUUAGAUAGUGCUCAUCACGUAUCAUGUAUGUGGGGGCAACCGAUGCGUUUCGAUGAUUACUGGACCGGUCACGAGGUGUCCAGACCAGCCCUUCAAGAUGUGUUUUGGGUACGGUUGCGGUUGUGGCACGUUUGUAAAGUGUUACUCAUUUGCUGUGCUGAGGCUUCUAAGGGGGCAUGGCAGCAUGCAUGGAGUAAAAAUGUUGUUAAAUAGUUCCCUUUGCACUUUCUAGUGGUCAACGUGAUUAAUACGUGGUUAUGUCGGGUAUGUGGCGUGCUUUCUAACGGCGGGUUUGGACGACGAUUGAACUUCUAACCAUGUGACGGGUUCGACCUUUUUGGAACCCCUGAUGUUGUAUGCGUGAGACCCUUUAACGCUGUACUGCAACCGUGGUAGUCCAUUCGGCCUGUUGACCAUGCCAGAGACUCUACAUACCCUCCAUGACAGUGUUUUACGUGCGGUACCCCGCUGCACUUAUUAAGCUUGGUUGCUUUGGAUGUACCCGUGUGACAUCUGACUUUCACUUGGGGAGGAGGACAAGCUUCGGGUUUCUGCAAUCCUCGUGAACGACAUAGAGAGUCGCCGUUAAA